UAAAAGUUAAAACUGCAAGCGUAGUACACACAAAUAGCGUAACACUGUGUCGUAUUUACUCAGGGUAGGGCAGUUGCACUAUAUCAUAGGGGAGGGCAUAAUUAUUAAUUAAUGGGCAUUAUAGGCCAGAGGAAAUUUUGCGCCCCUUCACACCUGCGCCCGGGGGCAACUGCCCCCUCUUGCUACGCCACUGACUACGGAGACUUCUUCAUGAGAAUGUACUAUCUGCUGUUUUAAAUGCAUGAAUUGAUAAGAAUAUAAAGGUGAAUUUUUUGAUGGAACCAUGGAAGUAUCAAAGAUAAAGGUUGAACCCUUUUCUGUAAAUGAACAGAAUACUUUGUUGGAUAUCAAAUUGGUGAAAAAUGAAGAUGAAACUUUAACAAGUACAACAGAAGAAGCUAGUUACUUAGAAGAAAGGUCUUCAGAUAACACACUGAAGUUUGGUGCAGCAAAAGAAGAACAAGAAAAAAACUAUGAUGUAGCAAUAGAGAAAACUAAGAACAUACUUUUUAGAGUGAAAACAGAGCAACCUAGUGAUCUACCACAACAUGAGAUUAUUUCUAAGUUCAAUGACAGCAGUGAUGAUGACCUGGAUAGUUCAUAUUAUAGUGUUUCAAAUGUGAAAACAGAAACUGAAUUUCAAGAUUUACAACAGAUUGAAUCUGGGUUAGAAAGUGCUUCUGAUAUAAAGACCAGUGUGAACAUUUGUUGCAGAAGUCAGUUUCCUGGUUAUCAAGUUUUAAGACAAGAAGGUCCUUUUACAGAAGUUGUCAAGUCCUUAAAGCCAAACAGUGAUGUGUGUGGAAAAACAGAUAUAAAUGAAAAUAAUCUAAAACAAUCUAAGAUUCUUCAGGGUGGUGAUAAACCAUACAGUUAUGUGAUUUGUGGGAAAGACGUUUCAACAAAUAGUAAAUUUAAUAUACACCAGAGAAUUUGCUCUAGGGAGAAACCAUAUAGUUGUGCAGUUUGUGGAAAACAGUUUGGUACAAAAAGCAAAUUAACAGUACAUGAAAGAACACAUACUGGGGAGAAACCAUACAGUUGCUCUAUAUGUGGCAAAAAAUUUGGAGCUGUGGGUAACCUAAAACAACAUGAGAGGAUACACACUGGUGAGAAACCAUACAGUUGUGUAGUGUGUGGAAAAGAAGUUGGAACAAUGGGUAACCUAAGGAAACAUGAGAGGGUACACACUGGAGAGAAACCAUACAAUUGUAUUGUAUGUGGAAAAUACUUUGGAAGUAAUAGUAUUUUGAAAACACAUCAGAAGAUACACACUGGGGAGAAACCAUAUGGUUGUUUAACAUGUGGAAAACAAUUUGUAACAAAUGGUGAACUCAAAAGUCAUGAAGAAACACAUUCUGGACAGAAACCAUACAGGUGUAUAAUUUGUGGUAAAGAAUUUGGAAUUAAACGUAGUCUAAAAAAACAUGAGAAGAUACAUACAGAGGGGAAGCCAUAUAGUUGUGUAAUAUGUAGAAAAACAUUUGGAAGAAAUAGUAAUCUAAAAAUACAUCAGAGAAUACACACUGGAGAGAAACCUUACAGUUGUACACUUUGUGGAAAAGAAUUUGGAACAAAUAGUAAGUUAAAAAUACAUCACAGAAUACACACUGGGGAGAAACCUUAUAGUUGUGUAGUUUGUGGAAAACACUAUGGAACAAGUAGUUCCUUAAAAAUACAUCACAGAAUACACACUGGAGAGAAACCAUAUUGUUGUGUAGUGUGUAGAAAAACAUUUGGAAGAAGUAGUGACCUAAAAAUACAUCAGAGAACACACACUGGGGAGAAACCAUAUAGUUGUGUAGUGUGUAAAAAAACAUUUGGAAGAAAUAGUGACUUAAAAAUGCAUCAGAAAACACACACUGGGGAAAAGCCUUACAAUUGUGCAGUUUGUGAAAAACAAUUUGGAACUAAUAAUAAAUUAAAAAUACAUCAGAGAAUACACACUGGGGAGAAACCUUACAGUUGUGCAGUUUGUCAAAAACGAUUUGGAACAAUUAGUUCCUUAAAAAUACAUCAGAGAGUACACACUGGGGAGAAACAAUAUUUUUGUGUAGUGUGUGGUAAAGAAUUUGGAACAAGCAGCAAAGUUAAAAGCCACGAGAGGGUACAUACUGGAGAGAAGCCAUACAGCUGUGUAGUGUGUGGCAAAAAUUUUGGAAGAAAUUGGGACCUUAGAAAACAUGAAAAAAUUCACUCUGUGGAUAAACCAAAUAGUUAUGUAGAGUGGCCAUCAAAAAUUUGUAAUGGAUGAGCCGGUGAAGGCCAGUUGUUUGGGUUCAACUUUUCACAAGUCACAAAUUAAUUUAUUUAAAUUGAAGUCGUUUGUGUAGCUGAAUGAGCACACAAGCCACCAACUCAGGAAAUUUACAUGUGAAACAAAGAAUCAACUCGGAAACUGAUGAUAAGAGCAACAUACAAGACUUUAUUCUACAUCCAUAUUCAAAAUAUUCAUUAACAUCGAAAAUCACAAGGGUGUCCUGCAUCAAACGUAUCAAAUUCCUCGUUUUGCUCAUGUAAUUGUUUAUUAAGUAUGCCUUCUAUCAGAUUCAUUAAUUUUGACACUAUGUUUAACAAAUUAUCCACUAAAUGAUUACGUGAAAUAUAUACCAGCAUAUCCAGUUUCAAUUAUAAUUCUUCAUCAAACAUCAGAAACUAUACGUUGCUAGAUUAGAGAAGAUGUCAGUUGAAACUUGCAGAGAGUUUGCCGGUUGAAACUGGUAAAAGAGCUGCACAACGCCACUUUCUUCAAUCAGCAUUUGGCAACCUGUGAAAUAACUGGUGCAGAGUGGUCUGACCACAGGAACAAGAACACCAGAGAGAACUGAUACAGAUUCAUCUGACUUCAAGAAACGCUGGAGAGAACUGAUUUUCAACCCCAAAACAUGGAUUUUUUAUGUUUUUCUUGGUAUUAUUCUUGUAACUCAAAUAGCUAUCUUUGCUUACAAGUAGUUCCUUCAUCUAAUUGACUUAAUUAUUUUGCAUCACUGCUCACUCUUUGAAUCAAAACUGGACAAUAAUUGUAUAUGGUCAGAAGCUGUUAAUUGGCUGUCUAUUUGCACGUAUCUCUCCUUUUUGUUAACCAAUUCAUUUCAGUAGUUAGUGAAUUUAACAUAAACUUUCUGUAGCUUUUCUCUCAGCUAGAAUAGCGGUUGUUUAUGCAAAUAAAUGAUGUCGCAAUUUGUCGAGGUA